AGGCACGCUCAAUACAAGAGCCAUUAAAUAUUCUCUCCUUUGAUUUUGACUGAUCAGAAGUAAACAAAAAAAUUAAAAAAAUCGAAAAGUCAAGCCUGCUCACGCCCCGAUGGGCCACAGAGAAACAUCCCCACUCCUCCGGGUGGGCGGAGGAGUGGGCCGGCCGCUCGCAGUAGCGCGCCGUCCUUCCCUCGCCUUUUAACCAUAGAUCUGGUCCAGCUCAGAUCAGUUCGGAGAAGAGCCGCUGUCGGUCCGUUGUCUUCUGGAUAUUUUAGUCGAGUCCGCGUCUUUCUGUAGUGUGACAUCCGGAAAACGCGCUUGAAACUCUACGUUUCAGCUUUUCCGUAAUCCUCUCUCGCCGAGGCCAUGUUUUCCAAGGCCACUGCCAACUUCGUCCGUCAGGUUGAUCCGGAGGGAAGCCUCAUCCAUGUGUCCCGAGUUAACGACUCCCACAAGCUGCUCCCCAUGGCAGUUGUAGUCAAGCGCAACCGCCUCUGGCCGUGGCAGAGGCCCAAGUACCAGCCGACUGAUUUCACCCUAGGCGAUCUGCUGCAGGGCGACGAGGUGCUCCGACCCGGAGUUUCUGAGGCAGAAUUCCUGACCUACAAGGGGACGUACCGGGACGAUCGCUCCGGGAAGCUGGACACCGAGGCCGGUCCCGUCAACGUCAGUCUGGAGGGACUGGGUGCGUCCAAGCUGGAGUCGUGUUUCGGAAAGCUGAAGAAAGAGGAGCUGGAUGUCAAGAAGCUGUUGAAGGACUCUGAAAGCAGGUUAGUGGACAUGCAGCACAUCCUGGUGCAGCAACUGGAGAAGCACGCCGAGGUUCUGACGGUGGUGACGGAGCGCAUCCUCACCACCAACUCGUGCUCCGUCACCAUGACGAAGAAGCAGCAGUGCACCUUUCAGGGCGUGUUGGGCCUGAUGGGCCUGCUGGGGGGCUCCGUGAAGGUGGUUUUAAAGGAUGUGAACAAUAUUGAGGUGGACAGCGACGUUUCCUUGGAGAUUCCCUCUGGCACCGUCAUCGCGUACAGCAUAAAGGAGCUGAAGAUCGAAAAGGACGGACACCAAGAAAUAUGCCUGCGACCCAGCGCUAUCGGAGGUUUCCAGAGCGACUCCAUCCCGUUCGAUGGUUCCUUGGACACAGUGGACGACAGUUUGGACGGGCCCCGGGCUCGGGAAGAUGCUCCUUUCACCGUUUUUCACAGCGGAUGGUCGGACAUGGACCUUUCUCCUCUGGCAGACCUCCCCGGGUCUACUCGAUGUGAGUUGAUGGACAAGCUCCGAGAGGCUCUUCGGGACAGAUUUUCUCUGUCCUACCUACAGAGUGAGCUGGAGAAGUUGUGUGAUUGUGAAACAGCGGAGACUCCCAUUAUUGGUGACAAGGAGACAAUUCCUACAGGUUCAUGUGUCCCUGAAUGCGUCCCGACUGGCUUCUCUUCACACCUACCCUCAGUUUACCUGCUGGUCAGUGCCAUGGAAGAGCUGCCUGAUGAGACGCUGAACAUUUUGAGCAACAGUCGACCUGAUUUUCUGUCAGCGGUUGAUGUGCUGAUGCGCGGGUUAAAGGAGAGCGGUGGGAGUCUGUCCAUCCCGUCCCUUCCCGCACCGCUGCAGGACAACCAGGUCUUCCAACAGGCAGAGCAGCUGCUGGGCUCCAUCAGAGUGACGCUGAGGAGGGACGCCGAUCAGCUCCGGGUGGAGAUGGGAAACACGGACGGGGCUCUGGCUCUGCUCCUCAGCCUCAGCGUACACGGCCUGGCCUUGCUCUGCACCGGCGUGCAUUAGUUUACGGCAUCUGCGUCUUUGUUGUUACUUUCUUUAUGGAGCACAUUUAUCUUAUAUAAGCUUUUCAUGUUCCAGUGCUCGACUUCGCCAUAUUAUCUUUACUCAGUUUUCUAAUCUGUUAUUUAUCCCAUAUACAUAUAUUAUUAUUUAAAUAAACUGUUUAUAUUUUUGUACAAGAAAUGAUGAGUCUGGAUGGAGGUUUUGAGUUUUGAGCAUCAGUCACAAUUUACCGUCGAUCCAGUUGUUUCUGUGUCCAGUUUUAGCUCACAGUAACUAUUAUCCUCAGUUAUUGGUAAAUCCCAGAAAGCUUUUUGUAUUUCAGUAAAUACACGUUGACUAAAAGUUAAUGUGGGAUUCGUCAUAGUUUGAACAGAAUUUGAGAAUUGAUUAUUUUCUGACAAAACACAAGAUGGUGAAGCUUUAAGCAGUUUGUUUUGUCUUGUCAGGAACUUUGGCUCAAAAGAUGCUGUCCUUUUGAAGUUCUUCUCUUUUUAAAAAGAAAAAUCUAGUUUUAUAUUAAUCACCACAGGUAUAUAUAUAUAUAUAUAUAUAUAUAUAUAUAUAUAUAUAUAUAUAUAUAUAUAUAUAUAUAUAUACAUACAUACAUUUUUCACAUUCCCUGAAUUACUGGUAUUACACCAUAAAAAGCUACAGAGUCUAUUUUGGUUAUUUCCUUUGCCAUAAGCUAAAAGCAAGGUCAUUCUUUAAUGUUUAGUGAAAUAUAAUUACAUUGCCUGAAGACUUUUUAAAAGUUUCCUUUUAUCGCAAAUGUACCACUGUUUUAGUGUUUCUAGUACAAUACAUAUAGUUUUAAAAUGUGGAAGACUGUUUUGUUUUCUUUUUUGGACGCUGGUUAUUUAUUUUUGUCUUUUAUGUUUUGUUUUACAAAAUGUGUAGGUUUAAAGUGUUUAGUGUAUUUGGUUUUAUGGCAAGAAUCUAAAAAUUCUUGCAGUUGUGAUGCACCAAAUCGUGCGGUGUUGGACCCAGCAGAUCGUGUGUUGAAGCUGCCACAAUAAUAGACCAAGGGUGAUAUGUUGAAAAGGAUUAUGUGAUGUAGUGAGAAGGAACUUUGCUGGAAGGAAGUGGUAGUUCUUUAGUUCUUCAUUCACCAAAUCACACAAUAAUCCUGUUAUUAAUACUAUACAUUGUUCAUUGUGUAACCUGUAUUGAAUAAAGCUUGUUCAGGUACAUCA